AGCGAUAUACCUUCAAUUCGUAAUUUAUGCCUGUCUCACCUCGUGACUAGUUUAUUGAUUACUUCUGUAAUCGAAAUCGAGAAGUGUGUUAAUCUAUUAAAUGUUUGGCAAGAAGAAGUUACGCUGAAGCAAUUUUAUUUCUAAUCUUGUCUUUUUCUGUUUUACUUAAAAAUUUUUUUUUCAUAAUAAAUAUAAUUAUUUUAUCUUAACAACUUAUUGAAAUUUAAUAUGGGAUCGCUUUUUCGAAGCGAAGAGAUGACCUUGUGUCAACUCUUCUUACAAAGUGAAGCAGCUUAUGCUUGUGUCUCAGAACUUGGAGAACUUGGCCUUGUACAGUUUCGAGAUCUUAAUCCUGAUGUUAAUGCUUUCCAACGAAAAUUUGUUAAUGAAGUACGUCGUUGUGAUGAAAUGGAACGUAAAUUACGAUAUUUGGAAAAAGAAAUUAAAAAAGAUGGUAUUCCUAUGCUCGAUACUGGAGAAAAUCCAGAAGCUCCACAACCCAGAGAAAUGAUAGAUCUUGAAGCAACAUUUGAAAAAUUAGAAAAUGAAUUACGAGAAGUUAAUCAAAAUGCAGAAACCCUUAAACGUAACUUCUUGGAGUUGACUGAAUUGAAGCAUAUACUUCGAAAAACACAAGUUUUCUUCGAUGAGCAAGAGCACGCAGGCUUGAAUCCUACCGAGUCCAUGACACGUGCAUUGAUUAGUGAUGAUAAUAUCGCCCGCCAGACUGCCCUUGGUCCUGUCCAAUUGGGUUUCGUCGCAGGAGUAAUUCUACGAGAACGUAUUCCAGCAUUUGAACGUAUGCUUUGGCGUGCAUGUCGUGGUAAUGUAUUUCUGCGUCAAGCAGAAAUUGAAACUCCUCUGGAAGAUCCUUCAACGGGAGAUCAAUAGGUUCUUGGACAAACUCAAGAUCAUCGACAUCGUGUUUUAGUAGCUGCUGCAAAAAAUAUUAAAAAUUGGUUUGUGAAAGUUCGCAAAAUUAAAGCAAUUUAUCAUACUUUAAAUUUAUUUAAUUUGGAUGUUACGCAAAAAUGUUUAAUUGCUGAAUGUUGGGUUCCUGUAUUAGACAUUGAAAUAAUACAAUUAGCAUUACGUCGUGGAACUGAACGUAGUGGAAGCUCUGUGCCACCAAUUUUAAAUCGUAUGGUAACUUUUGAAGAUCCACCUACUUAUAAUCGGACCAAUAAAUUUACUAAAGGUUUUCAAGCUCUAAUAGAUGCUUAUGGAGUUGCUUCCUACAGAGAAAUGAAUCCAUCUCCUUAUACCAUAAUAACAUUUCCAUUUUUAUUUGCGGUUAUGUUUGGAGAUACUGGUCAUGGCCUUCUUAUGUUCCUUUUUGGUGGAUGGAUGGUAUUAAAAGAAAAACCAUUAGCUGCAAAGAAAUCUGAUAACGAAAUUUGGAAUAUCUUCUUUGGUGGUCGAUAUAUUAUUUUUCUAAUGGGUUUAUUUUCAAUGUAUACUGGACUUAUAUAUAAUGAUAUAUUUUCCAAAUCGUUAAAUAUUUUUGGAUCAUAUUGGAGAAUCAAUUAUAAUUUCUCUACAAUAGAUUCAAAUAAGGAGUUGCAAUUAAAUCCUAGUGAUAAAGAACAAUAUUUACAAAUUCCAUAUCCUAUUGGAAUGGAUCCUGUGUGGCAAUUAGCAGAAAAUAAAAUCAUUUUUUUAAACUCAUAUAAGAUGAAAAUAUCUAUAAUUUUUGGAGUCAUACACAUGUUGUUUGGUGUGGUAAUUGGAUUAUGGAAUCAUAUGUAUUUCAAAAGAAAACUUAACAUAACUUGUGAAUUCAUUCCUCAAAUUAUUUUUCUAGUAUUUCUUUUCCUUUAUAUGGUACUACUUAUGUUUAUUAAAUGGAUAAAAUAUGGCCCUGAUAGCGAUAAAAUAGAUCCAGAACAUGGUCCUUCUUGUGCACCAUCAGUAUUAAUUACAUUUAUUAAUAUGGUAUUAUUUAAACCUGGAACUGCGCCAAAACCUUGUUCACCUUGGAUGUAUGGUGGACAAAGUGGAUUCCAAUCAUUUUUAGUAGUUAUUGCUGUUCUUUGCAUUCCUUGGAUGUUAUUGGCAAAACCUAUCAUGCUAAUGAACAAUAGAAAAAAGCAACAUUAUCAGUUAAACAAUCAUGGUACAGAAAAUGGAGAUGUAGAAGGUGCUGUUGAUGCAAUACAACCACCAAAUGGAGUUCCUCAAGGAGGAGGUCACAAAGAAGAAGAGGAAGAUAUGGCUGAAGUAUUUAUUCAUCAAGGCAUACAUACUAUUGAAUAUGUUCUUGGCAGUGUAUCUCAUACUGCAUCUUAUCUGCGUUUAUGGGCCUUAUCUCUUGCCCAUGCUCAAUUAUCAGAAGUAUUAUGGAAUAUGGUUAUGAGAAAUGGAUUAACUCAAGAAGGCUGGGCAGGUGGUAUUAUUCUAUGGGCUGUGUUUGCAUUUUGGGCUGUUUUAACAGUUGGUAUUCUAGUUCUUAUGGAAGGUUUAUCAGCUUUCUUACAUACACUUAGACUUCAUUGGGUCGAAUUUCAAAGCAAAUUUUACUCUGGACUAGGAUAUGGUUUCCAACCAUUUUCAUUUGAAAUUAUUUUAGAUGCAGCACAAUCCACUGCAGAAGAUUAAAGUAUUUAUAAUACAACGUUCCAUUUAUUAUCAGUGAAAUUCUUGUUCUCCAUAAGUAUAAAAUACAUAAAAUUAAUAAUAUUGUUAUAAUAUUAAUAGUAAUGUUAUAAUAUUAAUUGUUUUUUACUAAUCAUAAAUUAAUACUAUGUUCAAAUAAAUUAAUUUUCAUUUUUAUUUACAAAACAAAAAUAAUUAUAAUUCAAAAAAUAAAAAAUAUAAUAUUUUCAUUUUAUAAUUAUAUUUAAAAAUUUAUUCAAUAUAUUUAUUAUAAAAAUAUUUUAAAUAGUAUAAUUUUUAAAUAAAAUUUGAUUAUCCAAAAUGCUUAUGGAGAAUUUGUAAAAAAAAAUAAAAAUUGUAAAUUAUAAGUGGAUCUGAAAUAUGUAGUAAAAACAACUGUAUGUGCAUGACAUGUAUUUAGUUAUAAUUAUAUAUAUACAUGUUAUAAAUGUUAA